AUGCAGAUUUUCGUGAAAACCCUCACGGGGAAGACGAUCACCCUCAAGGUGGAGAGCAGCGACACCAUAGACAAUGUCAAGGCCAAGAUUCAGGUUCAUUUCCUGUCAUUUGUCAAUUGUCAUCAGAUUCUGCUGGUGCUUAUUCGUAAACUAGUGAUUUCUACCUCCUCUGCCUCUUUUAAAAAACUGAGGAAGCGUCCCGAUUGGCAAAGGAGCUAGAUGGCUGCUGUAUGUAUAUGUGUGGCAACUCUUUGACUAUUCACACUCCGUUAGUCUGAUUGCUUCCUUGGCUGGAUGCGCGCCGUAGUGAGAGAGAUGAGGUUAUUGAUUCUGUUCCGUUGUGUUAGGAUUUUCGGUGUUUAUAUUAUCUGUUUGCAGCUUUUGGAUUCUCUGCCGGUGCUAUUGAUCCUGUACUCUGUACAUGUUUUUUGUCCGAUUACAUUUUAGGGGUCAAAAGAAGGAAAACGUCCUGGAGUUCUAUUUAUGUACAAUCCACUUUUUAUUAUUCGGCAGAAAUUAUACGUUAUCAUUGCAUGUUGCCAGUCGGACUGCUGAGUUGACGAUUGCCGUUGGAUUCGUUGGGAUGCACAAUGACGGUCGAGAGUACUGGUUAUGAGAUACUAGGACGAUCCUGUUGUGAUAUGAGGACGUUUCUUAACCUCCUUUUGUUAAAAAAUUGAGAUUCAUUAAAAAGCGAAAGCCGAAUGGAACAUGACAUCAGUUGGGCUCGUUCUUUCAUUUUGUGUCACUUAUUGCUCUAAAGUUGUUGACCUCUUUACGGCGAAAAGUUUGUUUUUAUCUCUUCAUCAUGUUCUAAUUUCAAAUUAUAUUAUGUUUCUGAAACGGUAAAGGAGAAUCGGAUGGAUUAGAUUGGAAAAUAGUAUGAAAAUUUGUUCCAAUUCUUAUCUCGGACCUUAAUAGCUAUUUCACUGAAACCAUUCAAUUUGAGUUGGAAAUUGAGGAAGAUCUCUUUUGUUUGUCUGAAGCAUUAGUGGCAAAGGAAAUUGUGUGUGUCCUUGUUCGCAGGUGACCAUCACUAGUGCUGAAUGAGGAUAUUGUAGUUCUCUCAGCAUAAUCCUCCUCGCCUGAUGUUGGCAGAUAUUGUUGGAAAUUCUUGAUUGUUAUUUUAGUUUAGGAUCUAAUCUAUGACUGGAAGUCAGCUCUCUCUAGGGUUCAUCUCUUUCAGGAGGUUUAAAUUCAGAAUCUCGUCUUCAAAAUUUUCUUCAAAACGGAAGAUAGAUGGAUAUUUUGUGUUGCUUUUGAGAGGGUUCUAUCUUGAACUCUUAACUGUAGGAAAGUUCAGGUAAGGAGUGGAUAGAUGCAGACUUUAACUGGGAUCAGGAUGAGGCGACUUUGAAUCGUCAGUGUACAGAAAAAUGGGUCUGACAUCACAGAGUGGGCAAAGAAUAUUCAAAUUUAGAGAUACCUUUCGAUUCGGAGCAUUUUCUCCCAAGACAUGCUUCGAUAUUUAUGGGAUCCGUCUUUGAUGAUUUUCAUGUGUUGUCCAAGUUUUGGAAUCCAAAUCAAGUACAGGAUCAUUCCCACAUGCAAACUGGCGCCAUAUUGCCCUGAGUUCAAGAAAUUAAUUAAGGGAUGGUGGAUCUCAGAGCAUCUUUCUGAGCAUCACCAUCUUUUGGAAUUCAGGGAAUGUGAGGAACAGAGAGAUGAUGAAUAUAACCUUCGAAGGAAGUGUAGAAGGAGAUAAAUCAUGAAUGGAUCUUUUACCAUCAGUAGAGUUGGUUAUUGUCAGAGAAUAAUCUCAUAUAUAAAAAAUCCUGCGGUAAAAAUAUAAAUGCCUACUCUAUUUAUUGCUAAUUGGUUUUGCAUUGGGUAUGCCUAUCCUUUCACUCUGAUACAUAAAGAUGAAAGUACCGGAAAAAGAUAUUUUUUUCUCAUCAGGCCAAAAUGUAAUUACUUUAUGACGUUGUUAGGUGUUGGUUCAUUUUUAUAUAAAUCCCCAUCUUCAGGCUGGGGUCCUGAAAUUAUUGUAGCAAUAAUUGUUGUCCAUAUGCCAAUUAAGAAAUCAUGUUCGGAACAGGAGGAUAAUCCUAAAAAACAAUUACUGGUAUUUGGUGUUGUGUUGAAGGAUGAGUUGAUCGGAAAUAUAAGCCACUUUUUAUGUUCCAGACGUAUGUGUUCAAAGAGUGUGUCAUGCCAGCAAAUCUGGAAGCUGUUUGAAUUGGGCAUUAUGGCUCCAUUGUUUUGGAUACUAUUUGUGGUAACUUGGCUUUGUUUAUCUUCAGAGGCUGACAACAGGUAGCUUAGCAGGUAGCUUGGCACCAACCGUCAUUUCUAGAAACUACUUGAUCUUAGAAUUGUCAACUAUAAAAAAUUAGAAAAUUUAGAAAAUUUGAGAAAUUAUGAAUUCUAUUCGGAUUUUUGUAAAGCUUAUAUUAUAGUUAUCUGGGAGCUUGUUACGAUUGCAGGAGGGUUAGAUUUACCAAUUGAGGCGAUUAUAUGAUUGAAUGUUAUUGAGUGUCCUCAAAUAAUAUCGUACGUUACGCGGCAGAUCAACCUGCUCUACAGGGCUGGCAUGGCCUAUCCAUCUAGUAUGGCCAUUGACUGAUUAAAGGACUCUUCCAUGCACAGAAUUGAAAUAGUGCAGAGAGUAAGGCUUAUUCUAUGCAGUAUGUAGGUGAACCAUUGCUGCACGUAGAGUUCAUGUCCUUUUGCUAUGCAUUUUCCCAUGUGGUUCUUUAUGUUGGCUCAUUGCUUGCAUGAUAUUUCUUGACCUCCGUUACAGAAACCAAUUCGGACAGAAGUGACCAAUGAGUGGAAACUUUUCAGAAGAGCCUGCAGAUGUUUUCGAUAUAGAGCUGGCGAGUCAUAUAUUUCUUAUGAAGAGAUCCAGAAGAGUGGCCGGCACAUUAUUCUUGUAAAACUUGAUAAAGUACGUAAGUUUUGAAAGCUAAGAAUACCAAUUUGAUUUGAAGAUUGAUGUUGAGUGUUGCCAUUUUUAGCAGUCCCGUCUAGGUCAUCUCCCUCUGUGUUAUUAAUAGCUGAAGUUAAAGGCUGGCAUUGAGGGGAGAAGUGAAAGGGAUGCAGGUGGAUGGCCGUUUCUGAUGUGAUGUUGAACGGUGUGUGUGCAUAAGCACCAGGGAUGCUUUAAAUUGAAGAAUUCGAACAACUCAAGUAUGCGUUCAUUGGCCAAUAGCAUGGAGAUGGAGACGUCUGUUUGCCAAAAACACCCGGUAGUACCACUCCCUCAGUAAGGCACCUUCAUUAACGACAAGAUGAUCACAGAUAAAAGGUGAAUGGAGAGAUCUGGCGUUUUGUCGAAGAUACCGGUUCAUCAAAGAUAAGGCUGAGAGAGUUAGGUCCCUUGAAGUAUGCAGAGUUGCACCAACAAGCAUGAAAACAUUAGGAAUUGCUAAUUAUACACGUUGUGGCACCUGAGAUGAUGCUUUGAAGAUGAUCCUAUGAAGCAAGUGGCAUGUUCAUAUGAAGCGAGGUUGGCUUUGAAUCAGGGAGAUUCUUCUUGUCACCGAAGCUCCUUUAUUAAUUUUUGUCUUGCUCAUUUUAUUCUCGGGUUAUUUUUUUUGGCCGUAUGAAAUCAGAGAGUGGGCUUUUUAUUUUGCGCGGCUUCCGGGCUUUUAGGAGACCAGCCAUCCCUUUUUGGUGCUGAGAGUUGACCUCCUGUAUCUAUAUUUGCUAGUGGUUUUUAGGGUUUCAGAUAGAAUUGAACGCCUCUUAUUUCCACUCUGUGAAUGAUCAGGACAAGGAGUGCAUCCCUCCAGACCAGCAGAGAUUGAUAUUUGCCGGGAAACAGCUCGAAGACGACCGUACACUUGCAGACUACAACAUUCAGAAGGAGUCGACCCUCCACCUGGUCUUAAGGCUGAGGGGAGGGAUGAUGAUCAAGGUGAAAACUCUCACUGGAAAGGAGAUCGAAAUCGACAUCGAGCCAACAGAUACCAUCGAUAGGAUCAAAGAAAGGGUCGAGGAGAAGGAAGGGAUCCCUCCAGUUCAACAGAGGUGCAGUCUCACUCCCUCCUCCCAACCUCAUCCUUCAUGACUCAACAGAGGAUCCCUUCUCUAUUUCCUUUUUCUGCAACAUUAGUGUUGAAAUUUACUGGGUUCUCACUGGUUCGUCGAACUUUACUCCUCGAGCAUGCAGGCUCAUAUAUGCGGGCAAGCAGCUGGCAGAUGACAAGACUGCCAAGGAGUACAACAUCGAAGGCGGAUCUGUCCUCCACCUUGUGCUCGCCCUGAGGGGUGGUGACCUCCAUUGA